AUGUGGCCAUCGCCACCGUCGCAUCUCGGAUUUCUCGUCCACGUGGUCAUCGAAAUCCCUGCAUGCCUCUCGUUCUACCUCUUCCCAUCUCGCCAACUGGGAGUGCACACGCCUCAUGCACAUGCUGUUAUACGGCAAUACGCCGCCCUUAUAUUGGCCUCUGUUCUGGUGGCGAUGGUAUUCGUCAACAAGCCACUAGACGAUACCUCUGGCAAAGUCGCCGGAGCGCUGGCAAUCUACCAUGUUGCCCCUUCGAUCCGGUCUGUAAACAGGUUGGUCACACAGGCACAGUUGCAAAAGCCAAUCAUCAUCUCCGAGGCGUUUCUCUACCUGGUUGUACAUGUCAUCUGCUUUGUUGCUCUACUCCGUGACGCCUGGUGCGCCCUAUACAAGGAAAAUCAAACUUAG